AUGCUCUCUACUGGAAUCUAUUCAUAUGUUGAUGUUAGAGAUGUUGCAUAUGCACAUGUUCAAGCAUUGGAGAUUGCUUCAGCUAAUGGCAGAUACUGUUUAGUUGAGACAGUGACAUACUCUUCUGAAACUCGGAAGAUAUUGCACAAGCUUUACCCUACUCUCAACAUUCCAAAAAAGGCUUGGGAGUUUGCCUAUGCUAGUAUGGGAGAGGCUGUUGGAGGUGGGUUUUGGUUUUGGGGUGCUGUCAGCAUUGGGUAUGGGGUGGGGGACCACUGGAGUAGGGGAAAGGGAUUUGGGGGCAUCGUUGGAGCUGCGGGUGGGGGAUUGUCGGAGCAAGAGGUGGGUGUUGGGGGCACCGUCAAAGUAGGGGAAGCGGUUGGAGGCAUCACUGGAGCUGGGAAAGGGGUUGGAUUCAACGAGAAGAUGUUGGGGGUAUUUUAG